CAUUAAAUCAUCAGCUAAGGUCUCGUUCUGCACUGGCGUGCUGAGGCAGCAGGGCACAGGAAUGAAAGUGCUUCUUGGGCAUGUCGAGAAUCCUACUCUUGUCCUCAUGUGGAAAUAGUAGGGCUAUAUGGAGUGCACAGUAAAACGCCUGCAUGACCUGGUCUGCCCGUGCUGUCAGAGAGCACUGGUUGUGAAUCACAGCUUUAGCUCCUGCUGACCAGGACGCUUGUCUGUGCUGGGUGUGCGCCGUGCCCCACUUGCUCUGUGGCAAUAGGAAACCGUGUGGGAGCCAGCAGCGCUGAGCGAGGUGCACAGGGGCUGCGAGUCAAGCGGAGGAGAUGGUCCUUGGUGCGGUCUUCUUGAGCUGAAAGGAUGAAAAUUGGCAAUUGGAAAGUCACCACCACUGUCCUAAGUUUCAUCCUAACUUCUGGAGUUCCGGUUGAUGUCUUCAGGUGGAUGAGCCUGUGAGAGUGUCUGCUGUCCAUGAUUUAGGCAGUGGCUUGGAACAUGAAUCAUUAGCGGGAUGGUCGGCCACCGAAGCUGCAAUGUCGUCCCUGACGACCUCCAGUGAGGGAGAGAACUCCACUCCCAGGUUUGUUGUCGGUUCCAGGGAUGACGAGACAGACUUUCUGGGAUCAAACAUGAAGACAGACGAAACCGAUUUCUUUGAAGAUGAUGAAGAGGAGGAGUCGCCACCGGAGCGGCAAAUUGUGGUCGGAAUCUGUGCCAUGACCAAAAAGUCCAAGUCAAAGCCCAUGACACAGAUUCUGGAGCGUCUGUGUAAAUUUGAGUAUAUCACAGUGGUGAUUAUGGGGGAGGACGUUAUUCUGAAUGAGCCUGUGGAGAACUGGCCCUUGUGUGACUGUCUGAUAUCGUUCCACUCCAAAGGAUUCCCCCUGGAUAAAGCGGUUGCUUAUGCCAAGCUGUGCAAGCCAUUUCUUAUCAACGACCUUGACAUGCAGUAUUAUAUCCAGGACAGGCGUGAAGUGUAUCGGAUCCUUCAGGAGGAGGGAAUAGACUUACCUCGCUAUGCUGUUCUCAAUCGAGACCCUGAUAGACCAGAAGAGUGCAACUUGGUGGAAGGAGAAGACCACGUGGAGGUGAAUGGAGCUGUUUUCCCAAAGCCAUUUGUAGAGAAGCCAGUCAGUGCUGAAGACCAUAACGUGUAUAUUUACUACCCAACGUCAGCAGGCGGGGGCAGCCAGCGGCUCUUCCGCAAGAUUGGCAGCCGGAGCAGCGUGUACUCCCCAGAGAGCAGUGUGAGGAAGACGGGCUCCUACAUUUACGAGGAGUUCAUGCCUACAGAUGGCACUGAUGUAAAGGUGUACACUGUUGGGCCGGACUAUGCCCACGCAGAGGCUCGCAAAUCCCCUGCUUUGGAUGGGAAGGUUGAACGGGACAGUGAAGGGAAAGAAAUCCGUUACCCAGUCAUGCUGACUGCCAUGGAGAAACUAGUUGCCCGGAAAGUCUGUGUAGCCUUUAAGCAAACGGUGUGUGGGUUCGACCUCCUGCGGGCAAAUGGCCACUCUUUUGUUUGCGAUGUGAAUGGCUUCAGUUUUGUGAAGAACUCUAUGAAGUAUUAUGAUGACUGUGCCAAAAUCCUUGGAAAUAUAAUCAUGCGGGAACUGGCUCCCCAGUUUCAUAUUCCCUGGUCCAUCCCAACAGAGGCAGAAGACAUUCCCAUUGUCCCCACAACUUCAGGCACCAUGAUGGAGCUUCGUUGUGUUAUUGCAGUCAUCCGGCAUGGAGAUCGCACCCCAAAGCAGAAGAUGAAGAUGGAAGUUAAGCAUCCCCGGUUCUUUGAAUUAUUUGAGAAAUAUGAUGGCUACAAGACGGGGAAGUUGAAGCUGAAGAAGCCAGAGCAGCUACAGGAAGUGCUGGACAUCGCACGGCAGCUUGUGGUGGAGCUGGGAACCCACAGUGACUGUGAGAUUGAGGAGAGGAAAUCCAAACUGGAGCAGCUGAAGAGUGUCUUGGAAAUGUAUGGACAUUUUUCUGGCAUUAACCGUAAGGUCCAGUUGACCUAUCUGCCUCACGGACAUCCAAAAGCUGCAAGUGAAGAUGAAGAAGCUCGCCGAGAGUCUUCCCCAUCCCUUCUCCUGGUGCUUAAGUGGGGUGGAGAGCUGACACCAGCAGGAAGAGUCCAGGCAGAAGAGCUGGGGAGGGCCUUUCGCUGUAUGUACCCUGGUGGCCAAGGUGAUUAUGCUGGUUUCCCUGGAUGUGGCUUGCUCAGGCUGCACAGUACCUACCGUCAUGAUCUCAAGAUCUAUGCCUCAGAUGAGGGACGAGUUCAGAUGACAGCAGCAGCUUUUGCAAAGGGUCUGCUGGCCCUGGAAGGAGAGCUGACCCCCAUCCUGGUGCAAAUGGUGAAAAGCGCCAAUAUGAAUGGUCUCCUGGACAGUGACAGCGAUUCCCUGAGCAGCUGUCAACACAGAGUGAAGGCACGACUGCAUGAAAUCAUGCAGAAGGAUGCAGAGUUCUGUGAAGAGGAUUAUGAAAAGCUAGCGCCCACAGGCAGUGCCUCUCUGCUCAACUCCAUGACAUUCAUCCAGAACCCAGUAGAGGUCUGCAACCAGGUUUUCACCCUGAUUGAGAACCUCACCUCCCAGAUAAAAAAACGUCUGGAAGAUCCAAAAUCUGCAGAUCUGCAGCUGUACCACAGUGAGACUUUAGAGCUGAUGCUGCAACGCUGGAGUAAGCUGGAGCGAGAUUUCCGCAUGAAGAAUGGGCGCUACGACAUCAGCAAGAUCCCUGAUAUCUAUGACUGCAUCAAGUAUGAUGUACAGCACAACUGUGCACUGAAACUGGAAGGCACAGCUGAACUCUUCAAACUCUCCAAAGCCCUGGCAGAUGUAAUCAUACCCCAGGAAUAUGGGAUUAAUAAGGAGGAAAAACUGGAGAUUGCUAUUGGCUUUUGUCUUCCUCUCAUUAAAAAGAUCCAGUUGGACCUACAAAGAACCCAUGAAGAUGAGUCUGUCAACAAACUACAUCCCUUGUACUCAAGAGGAGUUCUGUCACCAGGUCGCCACGUCCGGACACGACUCUACUUCACCAGUGAGAGCCAUGUGCACUCUCUGCUGAGUAUCUUCCGCUAUGGGGGGCUCUUGGAUGAAAACAAAGACCAGCAGUGGAAGAGAGCCAUGGACUAUUUGGGUGCUAUCUCAGAGCUGAACUACAUGACCCAGAUUGUUAUCAUGCUCUACGAGGACAACAACAAGGACCCGUCUUCAGAAGAGCGUUUCCAUGUGGAGCUGCAUUUCAGCCCUGGUGUGAAAGGCUGUGAGGAAGACAGAAACGUGCCCACGGGGUUUGGCUUUCGUCCUGCCUCAGCGGAGAAUGAGGACAAGAAGGCAGACCAAGGCAGCCUGGAAGACCUCUCCAAAGAAAAGGCCAUCGAAAGGUCUCCGCAGCCUUCUGAGCCAGUCAGCAUCCAGCGAAGAUCUCCGCUGAUCAGGAACCGGAAGACUGGGUCCAUGGAGGUGCUAUCUGAGUCUUCUUCCAAAUCAGGAGGUUAUCGCCUCUUCAGCACUUAUUCCAGGCAAUCUUCUGAGAUGAAGCAAAGUGGCUUAGGGUCACAAUGCACCGGCCUGUUUAGCACCACUGUGCUGGGAGGCUCCUCCAGUGCCCCCAACCUCCAGGACUACGCACGCAGCCAUGGCAAAAAGUUUGCCAGCAGCCUGACGUACAAAGACGAGCUCUUGUCUAUGCCAGCCGUAAAACGAUUUUCUGUGUCGUUUGCAAAGCAUCCAACUAAUGAUGCGUUUGAGCACCACCAUGUUGCCCAGUUGCUGCGCCGUUUUUCCUCUGACUAUGCCACGAGCCGGAACAUCUCCCUGGAUGCCACUCUAGCCCAUCACCUCCAGCAGUGCUCCUACCACCUGCGCCUCUUCAGGAGCUGGCUGAUCUCAGGGCAGGAUGACUUGGAGUGUCUUUACGGUUUUGAAGGCUGUUCCAUGGUUCCCACCAUUUAUCCCCUGGAGACCCUGCACAACUCCCUCUCUUUGCGACAGGUCAACGAGUUCCUGACAGCUGUGUGCAAGAGUUGCAGUGAAUCGCAUGUGCAGUCCACCGCAGCUUUGUUUGAUUCCAUGAUUGGCAGCCAGAUACCAGGAGACCCCUUUAUGUCCCAGCGCAUCCUGUCAUCAUCCUCUUUGCCGUUGCGCCAGCGCUCGGAUAAGCCCCCUUGGUACAGCAGUGGCCCCUCCAGUACUGUCUCCAGUGCGGGCCCAUCCUCCCCAACCUCUGUGGACAGCGGCGCUCGGUUCAGCUUCAUGGAGAAACUUUCUGUCAGUCCCCCCAAAAGCGAGGAGCAGCUGACGAGCCAGUCCCCUGCACAAGGAGAGGGGCAGCUUGCAAGCAGUGAGCUUGACCCUGAUGUGGGGAUGUCUGGGUUGUUGGUGGUGGAGCCAAUCAUCCCAGAGACCCUGGCCUGGAAUAAGGUUCCAGAGCCAGACAGGCUCCUGGACCUGAGCAAGAACGAGCUGGCAGAGGAGGACUCUAACCCAGAAGAGAAGAGUGUGGUGGAGCUGGAUGAAGAAGAAUCAGCUGGGGAAAUAUUAGAGCCAAGUAAGCCAGGGGACCCGAAGUGUGGUGCAGGGUCUGGUGUAAGGCUGGCUGGGGAGAGAGCGGAGCCAGGUGAGGAGUGUGCAGUGGGAGUGGCUGGCCUGGGACUAUCGGAGGAGAGCUUGGUGUCCUGUGAAGAGGAGGAGCUGCUGGGAGAGGUGUUGGACCCAGAGCAUAUGGGCAAGGUGCUGCUGGGGGACAGUGCUCUGCCAGGUCAGCUUCUGUCUGGUCACCCCUGCCAGGGGCAGCCACUACCUCCAGAAAAACAUGUGGAGGGUCUGCAGUCGCUCUGUCAGGAGGAUCAGCAGAAUUAGAGGCUCACUGGACAGCACGCUGCAAGUGCUUCUGGCCUGGAGGCAGCCCACCUUCCUGCACAGCCCCUCCUGCAGCUGGCUGGUCACAGCACAAGACAUGUCUCAAGGCCACCAGACUCCGGGAUGUGGACGAGUCUGCUCUGCUCCUCCACAAGCCAGGUCUUUGCCAUUCAGCGAGAGACAAUGUCCCAUCUGCCCUGUUAAAAGAACAACAAAUGCAGUCUUGGUACUGGCAGAGCACCUCUGUUGGGCUGCAUUGACAUCUCAAGGGCUGUGUGCUCUCUGGGACAGCAGAGUUAGAGGAUUUGUGCAACCAAGGCUUUAGGGGUGGUAGUUCCAAAGGGGACAGAUGCUCCCUUGAGAUCUUUUGGCCCACGGCCUUCAGAGAAAGGCAUUUUGGGCCUAAAGCAGUCAGAUCCGUCACAACCACCAACCUCCUCUCUGUUCCUUCCUGCUUCCUCUCUCAAUUCUCACCACUGGCCACCGAAAACGGGUCCAGAGAGUCCAUGGUAGGAAGACUAGGAGAAGCAGAAAGCAUUCUGAAUGAGCAUGGGAAAGGGAGUAAUGAGGAGAUCAGGUUCAAGACUGCUGCUUGCAAGAAUGCCUCUUUGGCAUGGACUUCAAUGUUUCCUGUUUGGCCAGGGCAGGCAGGAGCCUGCAGGUCCAGCCUGAGAGGGGUGAGCAGGGAGGACACACACGGGUUUUUUUUCUAGUCCCCAAGGGUCAGGCAGGGUGCAGCUCUGAAGUCUUGGUGACAGAAAUUCAAAGAAACUGCUAUAUGAAAAAAUAUCAGGAUUAUUAGAAACAAAUAAGGAAAUCUUUAUUAUAUAUAAAAUGAAAAAUAUUUAAUACAUAUUUAUGUAAAUGACUUGUGAGCACAAGCCUGAGGGCAAGACUGACACGAGUGUCCCUGCUGUGUCCUGAGUGCUGGCCAGGGCUGUGCCUCCUGCGCCUGCGUAUUUAUGGACAAGUCCGUGUGUUUGUCUGUAGCUAGGAUCUGUGUUUUUGUGCAGCUGUGCCCAAAGAUCUCCACGCUGUGUUGUGAUGAUACGUGUUCACAGUAAAUCUACGCUGUGGGUCUGGGCUUCUCUCUCUGUCUGGUGCUGACUCGCGCAGCAGUCUCUGUAUGCCAGAGCUUGCCAGCGCCUGGACCAGUGAGCCUUGCUUGUUUUCUACCAUCCUAGGAGAGGCACUGUCCCACCUGAAGUGAGUGUACAGGCCUGGGGCUUUGCUCAAGAAUCAUAGAAUGGGUUUGAGUUAGGAGGGACCCUAAAGAUCAUCUAAUCCCAACCCCCCUGCUAUGGGCAGGGACAUCCCGCUAGAUCAGGCUGCCCAAGGCCCAUCCAAGCCGGCCUUGAACACCUCCAGGGAUGGGGCAGCCACAGCUUCCCUGGGCAGCCUGGGGCCCAGGGCCAGGGCCUCCACACCCUCACUGUGAAGAAUUUUCUCCUUAUGUCAAGACUAAAUCUGCCCCUCUCCAAUUUACAGCCACGCCCAUUCAUCAUAUCACUCCAUGCCCUCCCCAGCUUUCUUGUAGCCCCCUCAGGUACUGGAAGGUCGCUAUAAGGUCUCCUCGGAGCCUUCUCUUCUCAAGGCAAGACACCUCUUUUUUCACCUCCAUGGAAGCACUGGUCUUACUGGGGAGGAGAUCUUGGCUUCCAUGGUCCCAGGGUGUUUUGUGGUCAAACAAAGAUGCUGGGGCAGUGUCUUCUGCUCCUUUCACUUGGUCUACAUCUUCUCAUGAGCUCCAAGCAUGUGUUGGGUACCGUGUCCUCUUCCUCAUGACUGAUAAUCCCCAGCUGCCAGUUUGACCAUUGGACCCAGCAUCCGCUGUUGGGCACAGCUCCUUCAGUGGUGGCGUGAGCAGGUCACAAAGCUGGGGCUUCUGGGCUGAGGGCCUGGCUCUUGAGUGCUCCUGCCUCACAGCUAGAAGCUCGAUGUUUCUGGGGCCCUGGAACCUUCAGGACUUUACUGCGUACAAACACCUGCCCGUCUGCUCCCUGGCAUUGCAAGGAAAUGGCCCAGGGAUUCUCCAGUGCCAUCUGCCCUCCUGCCGUGCUGUUGUGCAGCACAGGAGACACACCAGGGGCCUGGAGAGUGCGUUGUCAUUGGGAACCCUUCCCUUUUCACACUGAGGAAAGCAGCUGCACCGUCCUGUGCUCCCACAGCUUGGCAGGGCAACACAAGUGCUGCUGCUCCAGCUGCUGCUGUCAUGGCAGCAGAGCACCCAGUGGCCUUCUCAGUGGGCACCGAAAGCCACGGUCUGCAAGAAGGGAUGGCUGAGUGCUGUGGCAGCCGAGUUCCUGGGUAGGUUACUUAACAGUGUUUUCCCAAUCUUUAGCCCAUUUCUCUCCCCUGUGAAUGAAAAGGGAAUGAUGCUGGGAAGCAGCUGCGGCUCUGCGGCUCAGGGAGAGCUCAGGCCUGGGAGAGAAUCAUAGAAUCAUUAGGCUGGAAAAGACCUUAAACAUCACCAACUCCAGCCAUACCUGUCUACUGCUGGACAUGGUUUUUGUGGUAAAACAUACACACCGCCGUAUCCCUAAAUUGAGAAUAUUUCUAUGAAUUCUAAUCAGCGCCUCAUUUCAGUCUCUGAAUGCAUCUUUCGGCUGCUGGAGUCCUCUAGCCAGAAAUUAUCUGGCUAUAUUGGUGUUUUGCAUACUGGUAGUUCUGUGAAGUCUGUCCUCCAGUCUGUGGGAUCAGAGGCCAUCAGUGCUUGUGCUGCGGAAGCAAAGUCCUGACCUCAGCGGUAGGUGUUGUCCCGCAGGCAGCUGGGCUACCUGCAGCGAUGCCAGACCAAGGUUUGGUCUCUGCCUGUUCCCUGUGAUGGACAGGCCAAAAAGGGAUUUUAAGAGAGCUGCCUCUGUCAAGGCCCUUUGGCCUGGUGAGUUGCUCUAACACUUCCAAAUGAACGCCUGCAGAGUGUGUUAUGAAAACUGAGCGCUCAUGGAGCAGCUCGAAUGUGCUUCCCUUGGCUUAGCAGCAGCAGGGAGUAAUAACAAAGCCCUCUCGAAGAGAAGGAGGG